UGCGCAGUAGGGCUCGGGCAGGGGACGCUGAUCGGGGUUUGUAGCAGCAGCAGCAGCAGCAGCAGAAAGCGCCGUGAAAACACUGGACUAGCGGAAAAUCUCCAAAAUAUCGGCGAGUCCGCUUCUGUUUCCGAGUCGCUGUCCUUCCAAGCAGCAUUCACACUAAACUAAAGUGCGGACCGCAGGAUGAACGGAGACUCCGGCGCUGGGGUGGUGGCGGCCACUCCACCCACACACCCGCCCCAUAAAGAGCGCUACUUCGACCGAGUGGACGAGAGCAGCGCCGAGUACCAGAGAGAGAGGAACAUGGCGCCCGACCUCCGGCAGGACUUUAACAUGAUGGAGCAGAGGAAGAGAGUGUCCAUGAUCCUGCAGAGCCCGGCUUUCUGUGAGGAGCUGGAGACUCUGAUCCACGAUCAGAUGAAGAAGGGGAAGAACCCCACCAGCCUGCUGGCCCUGCAGCAGAUCGCUGACUUCAUGACCACCAGCGUGCCCACCAUGUACCCCGCCGCCCCGCAGGGAGGCAUGGCCGCGCUCAAUAUGAGUCUGGGUAUGGUGACACCAGUGAAUGAUCUCCGAGGCUCAGACUCCAUCGCCUAUGAGAAAGGAGAGAAGCUGCUGCGCUGUAAGCUCGCUGCCUUUUACCGUCUGGCGGACCUGUUUGGUUGGUCCCAGCUUAUCUACAAUCACUUAACUGUCAGACUGAACUCUGAGCAGGAACGCUUUCUGAUUGUCCCAUUUGGACUUCUGUACAGUGAAGUCUCCGCCUCCAGUCUGGUGAAGAUCAACCUGCAGGGCGAGAUCGUGGACAGAGGCAGCACUAACCUGGGCGUGAACCAGGCCGGCUUCACCCUGCACUCCGCCAUAUACGCAGCCCGUCCUGACAUCAAGUGCAUCGUGCACAUCCACACUCCUGCUGGCGCAGCGGUUUCAGCUAUGAAGUGUGGCCUCCUGCCCAUUUCUCCCGAGGCGCUGUCUCUGGGCGAGGUGGCCUACCAUGACUACCACGGCAUUCUGGUGGACGAUGAGGAGAAGAUCCUUAUACAGAAGAACCUCGGCCCCAAGAGCAAGGUGCUGAUUCUGAGGAACCAUGGGCUGGUGUCAGUAGGCGAAACUGUAGAAGAGGCUUUUUACUACAUCCACAACCUGGUCACAGCCUGCGAGAUUCAGGUCCGUACCCUCGCGAGUGCAGGUGGCCCUGAUAACCUGGUCAUGUUGGACCCAGGGAAGUACAAAGUGCGUCCUCGUCACCCAGAGCCCGCUGGUGAUGGGACGAGCCCGCAUCCCAAGUGGCAGGUCGGGGAGCAGGAGUUCGAAGCCCUCAUGCGGAUGCUGGAUAAUUUGGGCUACAGGACCGGCUACCCGUACCGCUGCCCGGCUCUGCGUGAUAAAGCUAAAAAGUACAGCGAUGUAGAGAUCCCGCCGUCCGCCACGGGCUACUCGUAUGCUGAGGACAGCGACUCGGGCGCUCGCUCUCCGCUGAAGCACAGCUUCCAGCGGGGACAGCGCGACAAGACCCGCUGGUUGAACACCGGCCGGCCAGAUGAAACCCCCGAUGAGGGGCUGGAGGGCAGCGGCAGCCCCAAGGCGAAGACUAAGGUGUGGACGAACAUUACACACGAUCACGUCAAACCCUUGCUGCAGUCUCUCUCGUCCGGUGUCUGCGUGCCAAGCUGUAUAACCAACUGCUUGUGGACGAAGGAGGAGAGCAUUCGACAGGCGGCUGUGGCCAAUCAGUUCGUUCCUCUCAACACCAAUCCUAAAGAGGUCCAGGAAAUGCGCAACAAGAUCCGUGAGCAGAACCUUCAGGACAUCAAGACAGCAGGGCCUCAGUCUCAGGUGCUCACAGGAGCCGUGGUAGAACGUUCCUUUGUCCAGAGAGCGACGAUCUGGCACGACGCUCCUCUGUCUGACUGUUUGGAGUGUAUCGAUGGCCUUGACCUCACAGACAGCUAUAGUCCUGCUAGGUCUGUUAGAAAGGGGGAGCUAGUGACAGCCUCUAAAGCUAUUAUAGAGAAGGAGUACCAGCCUCGCGUGAUUGUCACCAAGACUGGACCAAAUCCGUUCAAUAAGUUCACCGACCAGGAGCUGGAGGAGUACCGCAGAGAAGUGGAGCUCAAACAGAAAGGACAAGAAGUACAGGUUGAUGCAUCUGGCAGCUCAGUGGUCUCAGUUUCAGGAGGAGUCUCCACUCCUCCUGCCUCCUCAAAUCACAAUUUAGAGGAUAAUCAGCUCUUGGCAGCUCCUUCUUCUUCUGCUGCUGCCGCAGGCCGAAGUACAGAACCUGAGGCAGGAUCAGGAAGGGUCAGUCCUUCUGGUCCUCCGGCGUCACUACACAAGGACUUUCACUGUGCUGUGCUGAAAGCCCUCAGUGUCACCACAGACCUGUCUGGGCAUGAUCAGCAUGAACAAGACAGCCAAGCUGAAGAUCAACCACAGGAGCCGGAGGAGGUGGGGAAAGGUCCGAGCCCCACCAGUACCCCCCCAAGCACCCCGAUUAGAGUAGAAGAAGAACGGCAUCAGGACCAGAGCCCUAAAGACGAAAGCGACGCCGCCACUUUAAGACAGACCCUCCCUGACCUGACCCCCGACGAGCCUUCGGAAGCCGCUGCCACCGUCCUCCCUGCAGAAGACCCCGUCCCUUCUGAGCCAGACCCCGCCCCAGCUCACGUAGACGGGGAGGAGCCUGUUGCCGCUGAAGACGCCACUGGCGACCAGGGCAGCGACGAGUCCCCGAAUAAAUCCCCUUCGAAAAAGAAGAAAAAAUUCCGCACGCCAUCGUUUCUAAAGAAAAACAAAAAGAAGUCCGAGACCUAGAGAGGAAACUCCUAGGAUAAUAAGCCACAUGCAUUUGCUUCUUUUUCUUGUUUUUUAAUUUUUAAAAAAAAUCUUUUAGCUAAUCUUGUGUUCACCUGUAGCUUGUGAACGUCGCCAUUAUGUUUUCCGUAAUCCUUUUUUUUUUUUUUUUUUCUUUUUUUUUUUUUUUUUUUUUAAAACAGUUAGUCCGGUAAGACGUGUUGUGUGGCUUUAUUACGCAUGUGUGUCUCAGCCCACGUUUUAGCAGAGAUUUAUUUUAACUCCCUGCUUUUGUAAGAAAAGAAAAUAAUAAAUUAACAAGCUUAAUUAACCACUAGAAUGUAUUUGGAUUGUAUCGAAAUGUAUUCAAGUGUCUUUAAAAAAGGAAUGCGUAAAAAAAAAAAAAAAACUGGUUAAAUCUGGUUUAAGAAAAGAAAAAUUUUAAAAAAAGCAGCACGGUGCUAAAAUGUUUAUCAUACUGAUUUGCAUUAAAUUUGGUCAUCUUUAUAAGCAGGUGACUGACUAACUGGCUAUAGCUGAUUGUAAUCUACUGCAGUAUUGACUCAAUCGUUAAACAGAGACGCCACAUUCUACGUAACAUUUGUAUCAGACGGAAAAUAUCGAUGAGGCUCGGCUUAGGGGAACGUAAAUGUUUUCGAAUAGGAAGAAAAACGCUGAAAACUAGUCUCCAUAGUUUCGCUCAUCGAAAAUCGAAGAUGUCUGUAAUCGUAUAAAAAUGUAUAUACCAUGACAAAUAUUCACACUUUUCUCAUUAUCAUAGUUUAAUUUCGUAACUUUCGAGGUUUAUAUGGUUUCCAUUUUUAUAUUUAAUGAGGAAAAUCUUCUCUUAAGCUAUCGAUUUACUAAAAUGUCAUACACCCCAAACCAUCUUUGACUUAUUACUUAUGACAUGACAUUCUAUUACAUUUCUUCAAAUUAUAGCACAGUGUUUUUUUUUUUUUUUGAUCUUCCUUGAUCACAUCUACAUAAAACCAUAUAAAAUUUCAGAUGUCCCAUGCUGUAAUUUCCGCCACACUACAAGAUGAAUCCUUUUGGCCUUGUAACUAUACAGUGAAGUUAUAUCCAUAAAUAUAUAUGUAAUGACAGAAUUCUUGCAUUAGCCUAGCUAGAUGUAGAUGUGCUACUCCAGGAGUUACGGUAAUUUCCUGUCCCUCCGUGUCGUGGUUAAUUUUAGCUUGGUGCUAAAAUAAAAUAUAAACCAGUAAAAGUCUUGCAGCUGUGCUAGCAUAAAUGAAAUGUUAUAUCAAGGGAAGGACGAUGUUUCGGGAUUAAACGUUCUUACUAAGGAUUCUAGCAAAGCUUUAGUUCAGAAAACAAUACAGCAACACUAACAGGACAAAAACUAAACGCCUGUAACAAAAAUGUACGACAAAACAAGGUCUCUUGAUAUUUUUUUCUUUAAGCAGACACAAUUUAGCAAGUGUGACCUUAUAGUCGAGAAAAUGUAAUAAUAUUCCUGAGGACGUAAAAAUAUAUUUAAAAAAAGGUUGUCUAAUAAUAUGAUGGAUUAAUUAUUCAGACUCUUAAGGCAAGACGCUGCAGAUGAAUAGGAUGAUUUAAAAAAAAAAAUCAAGAAUAUAAAAUCAGUGGUCAGCUUUUAUUCAUGCAAAUGAGGCUUGAUUUAAAUAAAUAUAUACGUAAACAUCUGAUCUUAGGAUGAUGUUGGAAUUAAGAUGUUUAUUUCACUUUGAUUCUCAAGAGACUACAAUGUCACAUGCUAUUCUUUAAAAAAAAAGAAAGAAAGAAAAACGUCAGUUAGAUAAAUCCAAUAAUAGUCAACAUUUUGGGAAUUUCCAAUGUGCUAUUUUUCAGAUUAGUGAGAAACACAGAUUUUUGGUACUGAAUAUAGAGAAUAUUAAAAAAAAAUAAACCAUGAUUUUGAGAAAAACGGAUUUAAAAUACAAUGUGAGUUCAUAUGUUUCUGCUCCUGUAAGUGUGAGUUAUAAAGUUUAAAAAGAAAUGGACAUGUAUCAUGAAGCGCGCUGAUCAGGGAUAAAUGACAGGAUGAUUGUGACAAGUGGGCGGAGCUUAAAGCCUUCUUCAAAGCUGCUAAGUUUCAGAUAAUAUGGUUUGCCUGAAAAACAAAAACAGUGAAAUAAACAAUUUGCUUGUUGGGUUUUAAUGAUGUUUAUUGCUACAGUUUAAGAGAAGACGUGUUCUAGAUGCAGUUUUUAUCCAAAAAUCUGAAAAACUAUCGGCGAAAAUUGUUAUUUCUACCCGUAGUGUCUUGCCUUAAAGGGAUAAUUGACCUCCUGAUGAUAAUAAAUGAAAUGAUUUAUAAUGAUUCCAGGAACUUCACUCGUAAAUAAUGGUACCAAAGUGUACUCUUUGGACUUGUCGCUGGGGUGCUACCAUCAGGGAGACAUUUCACUAUGUAUCCUUAUACCUUUGAAAUAAUUUGCAGGGAAUAAUGGGACCUUAAAGCUUUACUCUUAAAGCUGAUUAAAGGUGCAGCUUCCCAGGUAAAAGGUACAGAUGGUAGCACUAGAGCGACAAGGAAAAGUACCGAAAGAUUUAGUACCUUUGUGUCUCUUGCAUCCAGUUAUUGCUUGUCAUUAACAUUUAUAUAUGAAGUGUCAAUUUAAAACCUUUUAAACUUCACCAGACUCCUGUUUUUCUUUUUUUUUCUUUUUUUCCCCAAAUCCCUUACAUAAUACAGACACGGAUUGCAGUGUAAAUACUGGAAUAACACUGUGAUUAUGAGAAGGGAUGAUGACUCUGUAUAAGUUCAGACUGCAAUCCACUUCACCACAUUUAUUAUUUCUCCUCGUGAAUCCCACACACAGCUGCUGCUUCUCUUGUGUUGCUCUCAGUCGUGUGCUGUAUCAUAGAAAUUUCCUAGAAAUCCUUCCAUGUGAUGUGAAAUAGUGCUACCAGAGACUGCUGCACUAAUCUGAAGCCACUAACAUGCGCCAUCGUGCGUCUCUGUCUCUCUCUCUCUCUCUCUAAAUCAGAUUUGUAGAAAAUACAACAACUGGAGAUGAACUCUGUGGAAUAAAUGGCUGGGUUUACGGUUUGUAGAGUUAUCCUGUGCUUUAGGAAAUUGUGACGUCCAUGCUGGAUCCAGUCGUGUUCAUCGUUCAUCCUGUGGAGCUCGGUUUGUGUGUGACGCAAAUGAUGCACAGAAGUUCCCAGAAGGACUGUGUGCUUUAAACCGCCGUCUCGUUUACCUUCUUCACCACUCUGUCAUUUCUGUCCAUCACAUUACUGAGCUUUUUUUUUUUUUAAACAAUGUCCUGUUUCACAUUUACUCUCUGAUAUGUAUUUUUUUCUCCCAACAAUAAAUCCCAUCCUCAUUUUCAUAGCACUGUUUAUUAUUAUUAUUAUUAUUAUUAUUAUUAUUAUUAUUAUUAUAUGAUCAUGAAUAAAGUUUCUUCUUUCAAAACAGA